UAAUUCACCCUAGAACGACCAACACUGCAACUUUUAAGGGUGUCCGACUCUGUUGUCGCAAACGAGACCACCCUUUCUAAGACCCCUUCCUCUGAACCACUCGUGGCAGGAAGCGACCCGCCAUGUCCUCGGUGCUUCGGCGACUCCAUGGCGUCUUCACCGGACGGCCCAGGCUCCCCCGCGUGGACCUCGGGAAGCAAUGCGACCUCGGGCAACUGGUCGCCAAGUUCAAGCAGCUCUCCGAGUCCGGCGAGUUUCGUCGCAGGCGUGUCCUGUACGAGAAGACCGUCCGGCGCCUCGCCAGGCACCGGCAGUUCGCCUUGAUCGAGGACCUCCUCGAAGACCAGAAGCAGUACGUGGGGAGUUCCAGCGACAAAUUCGCGGUCCGUUUGAUAAGUCUUUAUGGGAAAGCGGGCAUGUUCGAGCAUGCCCAGAAGCUGUUCGACGAAAUGCCUAGCCUGAAGAGGGACCGCUCGCCGCUGCACCUGAAUGCCCUUUUGGCAGCCUGUAUUUUUGCCAAGAAGCUCGAUAAGGUCGACGAGAUUUUCCGUCUGUUGCCGGAGAAACUGUCGCUGGAUGUUGAUGUUUGCACCUACAAUACAGUUAUUAAGGGUUAUUGCCGGAUGGGUGCUCUUGAUCCGGCUCUUUCAUUGCUUGAUGAGAUGGAGAAAAUGGGGAUGGGACCUGAUUUAAUUACGUUGAAUACCCUGCUUGAGGCUUUUCAUGGAAAUGGUAGGUUCUUGGAAGGAGAGAAGAUAUGGGAUGUAAUGGCAAGCAACAAAUUUAACCCGAGCAUCAGGAGUUACAAUACAAGAAUUCGCGGGUUAAUUUCGCAGAACAGAGUCGCCGAUGCCGUAAAGCUGUUUGAUGAAAUGCGGGAUAAGGGAGUCAAGGCUGAUACUUAUAGCUUCAAUGCUUUCAUUGUCGGGUGUUGCCGAAAUAUAGACCUGAUGGGGGCCAAGAACUGGUACCGCCAGCUCGUGGAGAGUGGAUGUGUUGUUGAUCGGGUGACGAUAUCUGCUCUCGUUCCUUUCCUUUGUGAAAAGGGUGACUUUGAAUUGGCUCACAGGCUUUGUAUCAAGGCCAUGGAUAAGAAGUUAUUUCUUGGAACGGAUACUCUGCAGUAUGUUGUGGAUUUCUUGGUUCGGGAAUCGAAGGUUGAACUGGCAAAAGGGAUUGUGGAACAUGGCAAGGCACAGAAAAAGCCGUAUGAUCUAGAAUUGCCUCAAGCAGAGUAAUGGCAAUUUUUCAUGCUUUCGAACAAUCGAUUCUUGUGGUUACUACUCCUCAGAUUCAUUUCUCCAAGUGGUGCUUACUGGCCUCGACCCUCAAUAUCUGUUGUCAUAGAUGACAUUGCCUCAGCAACUAGGCCACGAUAAAGUAGCGCUCAUCGAGCCUUGAGCGAAACUGAAAUAUGAGGCUUGGGGGCCACAGAUCUGAAGAUUUUUCUCGUCCCCGUCUUAUCGACGAGGGUGGAGAGAGAGAGAGAGAAGGGUGCAAGGGAGAGAGAAGGCCGAUCAGGAGAGAGCUAAAAUUCGGUAGGAGCAGAGGUGGCUGGUGCUGGCUGUGGCAAAGGUUGAGGUCAGCAGCGAUGUGGAGAUUGGUUGUUAGUGGUAAGUUGCAGAGAGAGAGAGAGAGAGAACAAAGAGGGUGGCGAAUGCGACGUGGAGGACGAGCAGUGGUGGCCAGCGUCCGCCGUGCCAGAGGUGGAGUAGUGUGGUGGUAUAGAGGUUGGCGUUGGUGGCAAUGUGCUCGCGCGAGCCCGCGCACACACAUUCACUCACCAGGGUUGCGGAUUCUUGGUAUGUACUGUGUUGGACGGGGUUUUCUGCACACAAAUUUGUAAAGUUUAACUAUCGACUCUUGUGAGCGAGAAUUCUGGUGCACAUUGCACAUAAGUUUAGUGAGGAUGAGGCAAUAUUAGACCCGGCGAAUCCUCAAGCCGAAA